CCCCUCUACCGCGCACCGCCAUGUCUUCGACUGACCGUACUCGCAUUGCCAUCCUAGACGACUACCAGUCGGUCGCUCUUACAAGUGCGGACUGGUCCCCUCUUCAGGGCAAAGUCGAUAUCGAAGUAUAUCACGACGCGCUCGCCGACGAGGACGCUCUUGUCCGUCGGCUGGAGCCCUACGACAUCAUAUGCGCCAUGAGAGAGCGCACGAAAUUCACAGCCUCGUUGCUCGAUAGGUUGCCGAACCUCAGGCUCAUAGCCACCACGGGGCUACGUAAUGCUGGCAUAGAUGUCGUCCAUGCGAAGACAAGGGGCAUCGUUGUCUCUGGGACUCCAGGCGGAGGCAACUCUACCUUGGAGCAUAUAUGGGCCUUGAUUCUAGCCACGGUCAGAUAUGUCGCGAUUGAAGACGCGAACACGAAGCAAGGCAAACCCCAAUGGCAGUCUACCAUCCCUAUGGGUCUGAAGGGCAAAACGCUCGGUCUGGUGGGGCUGGGCAACCUGGGAUCUCGCACUGCGAAGAUUGCGAAAGCCUUUGAGCUGAAUGUCAUCGCCUGGUCGCCUCACCUCACUCCUGAGCGAGCCGCCGCAGGCGGGGCUACAUACAUUGCGACCAAGGAGGAGCUGUUCAAACGCAGUGAUGUCGUGUCGAUACACAUUGUUCUCUCAGAACGCAGCCGCCACCUCAUCACGGAUGCGGACUUGGCCCUCAUGAAGCCUACCGCGUUCUUUAUCAACACGUCCCGGGGCCCAAUUGUAGAUGAGGGCGCUUUGGUCGAAGUCUUGCGACAGCGGCGCAUUGCUGGGGCAGGACUAGACGUGUUCGACGUCGAGCCUCUGCCUUUGGAUCAUCCACUCCGCAGGCUGGACAACGUUACCCUUACUCCUCACACAGGGUAUGUCAGUGACGACACGUACGCGGGAUUCUGGACUGACACCGUGGAUAACAUUGUCAGCUUCCUAGAUGGAAAGCCUAAACGGGUGAUAGAGCAGUGAUGGCUGCAAGCCGGUCAACAGGAUAGGGGAUAAUUAGCACGGUACUUCGUCAUACAUAGGUCCUGGUCAACCCCCUCCCAGUCGAAUUCAAUGUCCUUGGAAUGCAUGUGUGCGACUCUGGCCCCGCGAGAAAGAGUAACGACAGUAACUGUACUACU